AUGGCAGCUAAUUUCUCUAGCGUCCCCGUUUUGGAUUACAGCCUCGUAGCCAACCCAGAACGCAGAGCAGAAUUCAUCUCUCAGCUGCAGCACGCAGUCAUCAAUGUAGGAUUCCUGUAUCUAUCCAAUCCUCCUGUCGCCCAGGAAGACAUCCAAGCUAUGAUCGAUUAUGCGCCCCGACUCUUCGAUCUCCCUCAGGAGGCAAAGGAGAAGAUCCGCAUGGUCAACUCGGAACACUUCUUUGGCUACUCGAGAUUUGGCACCGAAUUCACAAAGGGCAAAACGGACCAACGGGAGCAGUUUGACUUUGCGACGCCAUUCGAGAAUCGUUGGAAGCCGGGCGAACCGGAAUACGUGCGACUCUGGGGACCUGCUCAGUGGCCCGAGGAGGAAGUUAUACCGGGAUUCAAGGCGACCAUGUUGCGAUACCUUGCGCAGGUGGAGACGCUUAGCUAUGAAUUCAUCGGGCUAUUGGCAGAGGCGCUUGGCCUUCACCCAGAGAUUAUGAAAGCAUUCUACGAGACGGAUGGCCCGACGCAGCACCGAGCAAAGGUUGUCAAAUACCCAGUGCCAACUGAUUCAUCCUCCGAUCAAGGAGUGGGACCGCACUUCGAUGGUGGCUUUUUGACUUUCUUGCUCCAAGCGUCACCACAUCGGGGCUUGCAAGUACAAAACCUUGCAGGUAAAUGGAUUGACGCACCGCCCAUCCCAGGAACAUUUGUUGUGAACAUAGGCAAAGCAUUGGAGACCGUUACACAAGGUAUUGCUCGUGCGACCUCCCAUCGGGUGCUGUCUCCUGCGAAGGGCUCAACGCCUCGGUACUCGAUACCCUUCUUCCAGAACAUCGCCCAGAAACUAUCGAUUAAGGAUGUGACUCUUGAAUUUAGCCCCGAGAUACUCAAAUUAAAAGAGCAGCGUGGGGCACUUGGGGCCAUUGACUCCGUAAAUUAUGCGGAAUAUGGGCAGCUGCCUACUGGGCAGGUUAACUUGAUUGGUCGCAUCAAGAGUCACCCAGACGUCGCAGAACGACAUUACCCAGACCUGUUCAAACAGUUCUUCCCUCAAGGUCUACCAGCCCAAGGCAGCGCAUACUAA